CAUGGUAGACAAUCACACCCUCCAGGAAGAUGCCACACCUCUCCUGUGCAAUAAUUAUUAUGCAUUUUUGUAGAGGUCAGCCCUUCCCCUUAAUAUGAUUUGCUAUCUUUCAGUUCCUGCUACACGCUUCUGGUAUGUGAACAAGAGAGGCUGUUUCAUACCUCACCGACACAGGUUUCCUUUCCUGGUACUUGUUUCUGGCAGGUUAUAAACUUAACUCAUCAUGGGAUUUAAUAAUCAGAGGAAUAUGACAACAAUAUCUAUCCUUUCUGUGAUGGUAACCAUGUCUGUUCUUUUGCUGAAUUAUCCAGGACAAAGGACAAAUUGCCCUCACAAGAAAGAGUCGGUCUUGAAUCACUUACUAAAGCAGAAUGUUGGAGAACUACAGGCUUGUUCUGCUAUUAUUCAAGGAGACAUGGAUGGAGUGGACAAAGAUGCUUUCAGGAAGCUCCUGGUCUCUAAAAAAAGAAAAACUUUGCUCUCUGAGUCAUUCUACCUCAACGCAACCAAGGAUUGUCCAUCCUACAUCCGAGACAGAGGAUUUCUAACCAUUUCUCUCAGUGAAGAGGAAAAAGAUUUCCCCAUUGCUUACUCCAUGGUGGUCCAUGAGAAGAUCGAGAUGUUUGAAAGGCUCCUGCAAGCCAUUUACACUCCUCACAAUGUCUACUGUGUUCACAUGGACCAGAAGUCUCCUGAGAUCUUUAAAGAAGCAGUAAGGUCCAUUACGUCCUGCCUGACCAAUGUGUUUGUUGCCAGCAAACUGGAGCAUGUGAUCUACGCCUCCUGGUCUCGAGUUCAAGCGGACAUCAACUGCAUGCAGGAUCUGCUCAAGUCACCUGUCCAGUGGAAGUAUCUGCUCAACACCUGUGGCACUGAUUUCCCCAUUAAAACCAAUGCAGAAAUGGUCCAGUCUCUAAAAUACCUGAAUGGAAAGAACAGUUUGGAGUCUGAGACCGUACAGUCCAAAAACGGCCGCUGGCAAUAUCAUCAUGAUGUUACGAACGUUGUGACUCGGACAGAUGUUAAAAAGUCACCUCCACCAAUAAAGACCCCCAUGUUCUCAGGAAAUGCUUACUUUGUGGUUUCAAGAGAGUUUGUGGAGCACAUCUUCAAAAGUAAAGAGAUUCAAAACUUCAUGGAAUGGGAGAAAGACACGUACAGUCCAGAUGAGCACAUGUGGGCUACAUUACAGCGGAUGCCUUCAGUUCCAGGAUCCAAUCCUCCAAACAUCAAGUAUGAACAAUCGGACAUGAAUUCAAUUGCUCGUCUGGUGAAGUGGAGCUACCAUGAAGGAGAUAUAAAGAGUGGGGCUCCCUACCCACCAUGCACUGGUUUGCACAGACGGGCAGUGUGUGUCUAUGGAGCUGGGGACUUGAAAUGGAUUGUGAGGCAACACCAUCUUUUGGCAAACAAGUUUGACCCAGAAGUAGACGAUGUAGCAAUCAAAUGCAUGGAAGCCUUUUUAAGGUACAAAGCUAUUUAUGGUCGAUCAUUACUAACAGUUCAAAAAUCGGACAUUGUUUUAUGAUGCUAUCUGUAUAUUUUUGUAAAUAAUGUAUCAUUCUUUAUUAUUGAUAAAAAAAUAUAUUGAUAUAAUAUAUAUUUUAUGUAUAGUCUAUUGAAAUACUUAUAUUUGUUAAUGUUUUAUUUAAUAUAAACUUCCUAUGCAGGUCUUUUUUUUUUUUUUUUUUAGGAUGUUGCAAAUUGUUAAAUAAAAUUAAUGAAUUUUACAAAGUAUUUGUACACUUCAGAGAAGCUCUCUUUUUGCUACGCAUAAUAUUUCAUAUAAACCAACACAUUUGCUAAUAACUUUAAAGAAAAAUGAACAUCAACAGAUCAUUAGUCAGUCAGUCUACCGACAAUAAAGAUCAUGUUAAAAAACAUAAUGAAUUUACAGAAAAUAUUAUUUGUCAUGAGUUGUCAGUGCAUGAUAUUGUACUCUGACAUAUAACAAGUAAUUUACAUUUAUGUAAAAAAUUUAUCACAGAAAUGUGUCUAUAAAUAAACAGGAUAUGGUU